GUAAACCAUUGUGUCAAAUCGCUGUGCCAGGAGGACCACGACCCAACAAAAAAGGGCCAAUAUUAAUCUCAGUACCAUGCAAUUAACGUCGUGUAUUGUUAUUUGUAUAUUAGGCCUACUACUCAUAGACGUAUGUUGGUGUAGGGCAGCUGGCAGUAGCUCACCUAGAACCGAUCAUGCUGUAGACAUUUCACUGGAAGAGCUGCAACGACAGUUUGCCCACGACGCGGUACAUAUCCGAGAAAAUGGAUGCCAGUGUUUGGCUUCAAGGUGUGGAUGCUGUGCCGAGAUUGUCUUCCCGCCACUUGCUAUUGACAGUACAGCAUGUCUCAACUUCACAUGGGAUGAAGUGACAGACGAACUUAACGUGGUAUUUGCCGUUGACAAGUCGGUCCUACUUAAUGAAACUAUAUCUGCCGUCAACCCACCGCCUCUGUGCGCGGGUCUACCUGGCGUUGCAACAUGGUGCACUAUAUUCUAUAACAUGAGUUACGAGCCAGGGCACUUAGGGGGAUGUCUGAGAUACGAGUUACGAUUCCUAACACAAACACUACUCAGAGUUCCAGCUGGUUGUUUUUACUUCCCGGGAAACCACCUGCACCCACAAAUCAUACAGCGCUACAUGCGUCCUGUGCAACGAGUGGAUCCUCUGCGUUCUCACACUAAGGAAGGCGGUCGAAAUUAUUUUCUUAUGCACCAGGUCCGACAGCAACCGGGUUCAGUAUUUAGGGGGGUCAUGCGGGAAUUUGAUAAUAGCAUUGAACGAUCUGGUUACCAUGUGCUAACGUCCGAUAAUGGUAACGAACGGUCUGGUUACCACACGCUGAGGACAGAGGAUGUGAUGACCAAAUCCAGUAAUGGCACUGGAUGUAGCUGCUCAGGAAACAAGUGUGGUUGCUGUGUCCAAGCGGUGUUUAAGCCAUUGCAGGUCAACGAUACUGUUUGCGCCAAUUUCACCUUGGAUACGAAAAAUGAUACCUUAAACGUUGUUGUUACCAUCAACGACAACGUUCUCCUUAACGAGACAGUGGAUGCUCACAAUCCCCCACCCCUUUGCCAAGGAAUGCCUGGUAUUGGUACAUGGUGCACCAUAUUCUACAACAUGACAUACAACCCCUUUGGAGGCUGCAUGAAGUUUGAGGUUCGCAUCUUAGGAAAGACGGUGUUAACAAUACCAGCUGGCUGCUUUCACUUCCCUGGAAAAUUACAUAGGCCUCACAGAAAACUAGAAGAAUUGGACCAUCUUGCCCAUUUUCUUAAGAAACAGUCAAUUUCCAGAGGGCCUUCACAUCUUGAAAGCCAAAUGGAAAAGGGUGAAAUUUUUGUACCCCACAAGUAGUUGUGAUUUAGUGCAGUUGUGAAUUUUGUUGGUGCCCUAGGCAUGACUGGUUUCAAAGCAAAGGCCUGUUUCACUUAGUCUAAAGUUCUUGGGCUUAGUCGGCUAACACUGGAUGGCAGAAUAGAUCAAAGAAUAAUUAUGAAGCAUAGAACAGAGUAAAAAAAAUGACAUAUGGUAACUAUACUUCAAUAGUGUAAUCUUUUAUUCAAUUGUUUAUAUUUAGUUUCAUGUACAAGUACAAUAAUUUACACUAGUCCCCUUACUGUGUCAGUACAUCUGUACAAAUAAAAAUGACUAGAUCAAUAAAAUUCUUUUGAACACUG